AUGGCAUCUCAGAGAGACACCGAAGUCUCCCGGGAAAGAAGACAAAGUCCUUCUUCGUCACUACCACAGUCUGGCGAUAUCGUCCAGCAGUCUUACAUUCAUCUUGCGGCGGUGACUCUCGAUGAGGAUUAUGAUCUCCCGUCGACUCCUCCCAACUCACCAUCCUCAGCAUAUGGGUGGGAAACAUCUUCACAAGACUACCACUGCCCAAUGCCCAACAAUGACAUCACACUGCCGAUUUUCGGCUUGACUCCUAUGGAGUCCUUCCUCUACAGCGAUGAGGACCGAGUCUUCGGCUGUGUUCCAAACGGACCAUUCGACUCCGGGUACGUGAGGGAUCAGAAUCACGACGAUGAAGGGUCCAUCUCGCUAUAUUCUCGCGCCCCUACACCUGUAGCAGAAUCCAUCGAGCUCGAACCUUCCACCCAGGAAGCAGGUCUGACCAUUAGCCCAAGGUCUGAGCCUUUGGCAACCGAAGAUACAGCAUUCUAUGGUAUUGGAUCUCAAUUCGGCAUGGGGGUUCGGGUGACAAGUGGCAUGAUGUCAACCGGCACGGUGUAG